AUGUCCCCCCCUCCAGUUGCACCCGGCAAGAAAGUGGGAGCACGUGACCUUUUCAAUGGCGGGUUACUCCAGUGCAUGGAAGCGGCGACGCUGGGCAUGCCUUUCGAGGUCUGGAAAACGCGCAUGGGUCGCUACCGUUCCGAGUCGACUGUCCAGGCCUUUCGCAAUGUGAUGCGGGAAGGUGGCGGCCUUGCGGCCUUCUGGGCUGGCACUGGUCCCAAGAUGGUGGAAUCGGCGUCCAAAGGGGCGAUCUUGCUGUACUCGAAGGAAGCCAUUUCCGACUCCCUCCGAGCUGCAGGCGUGGGCGAGACCGCUACGGGGUUUCUGGCUGGAGCUGGCGGUGGCGUCUGCCAAGUUGUGGUCAUGGGUCCCUGCACUUUUCUCGUCACGGGGGCAGUCACAGGUGAUCGCUCGAUCUCGACGAUGCAGCGUAUCCACAACGUGUACGGCACUCACGGCCUUAAGGGGUUCUACCCUGGCGGCACGGCGAUCGCUUUUCGCCAGGCGACGAACUGGGCAUCGCGUCAGGGCUUUACUGAGAUCGUGCGCGGUCAGUUCAAAGUGCUGUUCCACGGUGACAAGGAAGCCAAGCUCACGGUGGUUCAAGAGGCUGGCGCCGGCAUCGUUGGUGGCGCUCUAUCCUGCUGGAACCAUCCGUUUGAGGUCGCACGCAUCCAGAUGCAAAGUGCUGCAGACCGUGGAGAGCCCAAGCAGAACAUGAUGCAGGUCUUUCGCACGGUCAUUAGGGAGCAAGGCUAUGGUGGUCUUUUCAAGGGCAUCGUGCCGCGCUUGGGGCUGGGCAUCUGGCAAACGCUUUUCAUGGUCACGGGCGCCAAGCUUGUGCGUCAGGCGCUAGAGGACAAGAAAUAG